UUCAGUUUGUUCCUGUCGUUUUCAGUCAUAAAGAAUACAUGUAUACCUAAGCGAGUCUUUUUUUUUACAAAGUUAGUAAUUAUUCCAUUAGUGAUGAUUGUGGAGCGAAUCAGUUCAAAAUUUCCCAAUAACUACCAGUGCCCAUAAGUUUCUAAUUAUAUGCUGAAACACGAAAUCCUUUUAAAAAUUACCGUUAUUUGGAUAUGACUAUGACCGUGAGGCUGCUAGUGUUUUUGUAAAUUACAAAAAAUAUGGAAGAUGAACUAAUAGAACAGCUUAUCGACCACCUUCCUCCUGCCAAAUCUUACGGCGAGGCAUAUAAUAAACUUGUAAAAGCUUUCAGAGAAUGCGAUGUUGAUACGUUGUCGCAGUUUUUGAAAAUUGGCCUCAACCCUAAUGUCACAUUAUUCGACGGGCACUCACCAUUGACUCUUCUCAUCAGUUCAUCGACGUCAAGCAGAUGGCAGGACACAGCUAGGCUGCUACUGGAGCACGGGGCUUGUCCUAACAAACGAAACCCAAAGGGGACACCAGCUUUAUCCCUACUUGUAGCCGCUGGCGAGCCCGAUCUCGUGUCGCUCAUACUUGACAAGGGAGCUGACAUCGAGGCAAAAGGUCCAAGUGGUGAAACUGCUCUCAUAACCGCAGUGCAUUACAAACAAGUACCAUGCUUGAAGCUAUUGCUUAAGAGAGGAGCCAAACCGAACGUGAGAUCCAACGAUGGGAACAGUGCCAUCAUGUGGGCAGCUGGUAGAAGUAAUGGCAUCGGUUCACCUAAAUGCUUGACUGCCAUUAAGACUCUGUUGGAGUACGGAGCUGAUCCUUCUGUUGCUAAUGACAGAGGAUACACUCCUUUGAUGGCCGCCUCGCUGAUCAGAGAGGCUGAAGCCGUGAGAGCACUCACAGGUGCCGGCGCUCAACUAGAAUCUAGGGACUGUCGUGGAGAAACAGCGCUCUUUAAAUCUGUGUAUUCGAACUGUCUCGAGUCUGUGAAGAUUCUUGUAGAUGCUGGAGCUGAUGUUAAUGCCUGUUGCAACUUGAAGCGAACUCCUCUUAUGGUAGUCAACACAUACUCGAUUUUAGACACUCUCCUGCAACAUGACAGCGACGUGAAUGCCAAGGAUAUUAACGGAUUUACAGCUCUUCACCACUACGCUGUUGCUAACUUACCUCAGUUUCUUCGAUUGCUCAUUAUUCACGGAGCAAAUAUCGAGUCAGUGGAUGUUCUUGGGAACGUACCUCUUCAGGUCGCUGUUAGAGCUCGUUCAUGGACUAGCAUUGAACUUCUCUUAGCAAAAGGGUCCAGAGCGUCAGCAAAAAGCUCUGCGAAUGUUACUCUGUUCCAUGAGAUCAUUGUUCCUUUUGAUUUUUUCCAAACUAUGGACAUUUUCCCUAUGGUUAAUACUCCUUCCCUUCUGCACGAAAUUCAAAAUUAUUUGGCUCCGAGCUCGGAAGUGACUAUAGAAUUAGUGACAACACUUAUUGCUGAAGGAGGGUUGUGUGACGUGGCCACAUGUGAUGGCGUGACGCCCUUGAUGCUCGCAGCGCUGUGCCGUGACCUCGAGUUGUGCCGGGUGCUGCUACAAGCUGGUGCUAACCCUUUCUCUGUAGACUCACAUGGAAGAAGCGUCUUAGCGUAUGCUUGUAGAGGAGGAGAGUUGUCCAUUGUAAGGCUCCUAACUAAGAGAGACUGUCGAGUCAAUUGUGUAGACGAUGAUGGCAACCUGCCAAUUUUGUACGCUGCUCAAUUUUCCAACAUAGAUAUAGUUUUAUUCCUUAUUAUUGAUUUUGCUUUUUAUAUGAAAUACACCGUAUAUAAAGAAAAAGUGUAAUCAUUUA